GCGGCGGGAGCUGCGCGGCACCGGCCGGGGGUUCCGGCUGCAUUUCCAUGAGAGCAGCCGGCAAGAGCGGAAGAACUGGAACCGAACCGGGGGGAAAAUCACGUCGCCAUCGCCAACCAGUGGCAGAGUCAGAGUAUCUCAGAGGUGGAAGGAAUGUUAAGCUCAACAGCUUUCUAAGGACGAUAUUCAAGAAUUCUCACCAUCAAGGAACAAGUAACAUCGAGGCUCAGGAUGAAUGCAAUGCUAGAAACCUCCGAGCUGCCUGCUGUGUUUGAUGGGGUGAAGUUAGCUGCUGUGGCUGCUGUGCUGUAUGUGAUCGUCAGAUGUUUGAAUCUCAAAAGCCCGACCGCCCCACCAGACCUCUACUUCCAGGACUCUGGGCUAUCUCGAUUUCUGCUAAAGUCCUGUCCCCUCCUGACCAAAGAAUAUAUUCCACCCUUGAUAUGGGGGAAGAGUGGACAUAUCCAGACUGCUUUGUAUGGGAAGAUGGGAAGGGUGAGGUCACCUCAUCCUUAUGGCCACCGAAAGUUCAUCACCAUGUCAGAUGGAGCUACUUCUACCUUUGACCUCUUUGAACCUUUGGCUGAACAUUGCAUUGGAGAUGACGUCACAAUGGUCAUCUGUCCUGGAAUUGCCAACCAUAGUGAGAAGCAGUACAUCCGAACCUUUGUCGACUAUGCCCAGAAAAAUGGCUAUCGAUGUGCUGUGCUGAACCACUUGGGUGCACUACCCAAUAUUGAGUUGACAUCUCCUCGAAUGUUUACUUACGGCUGUACCUGGGAAUUUGGAGCCAUGGUGAGCUACAUCAAGAAGACUUAUCCCCAGACCCAACUGGUUGUAGUGGGCUUUAGUCUGGGUGGAAACAUCGUGUGUAAAUACCUGGGUGAAACCCAGGCAAAUCAAGAAAGAGUCCUUUGCUGUGUCAGUGUAUGUCAAGGAUACAGUGCAUUAAGGGCACAGGAAACCUUCAUGCAGUGGGAUCAAUGCCGAAGAUUUUACAAUUUCCUCAUGGCUGACAACAUGAAGAAAAUCAUCCUUUCUCACAGGCAAGUUCUGUUUGGAAACAAUGUUAAGAAACCUCAAAGCCUUGAGGAUACUGACUUGAGCAGGUUGUACACAGCAACAUCCCUUAUGCAAAUUGAUGACAAUGUGAUGAGGAAGUUCCAUGGCUAUAAUUCUCUGAAGGAAUAUUAUGAAGAAGAAAGCUGCAUGAGAUAUCUGCACAGGAUUUAUGUUCCACUCAUGCUGGUUAAUGCUGCUGAUGACCCCUUGGUGCAUGAUAGUCUUUUAACAAUCCCCAAAGCUCUUUCAGAGAAACGAGAGAAUGUCAUGUUUGUGCUGCCACUUCACGGAGGUCACUUAGGCUUCUUUGAGGGUGCUGUUCUUUUCCCGGAACCCCUGACCUGGAUGGAUAAGCUGGUGGUGCAGUAUGCCAAUGCCAUUUGCCAAUGGGAGCGUAACAAAUCCCAGUGCUCAGACACAGAACAAAUGGAUGCCGAUCUGGAGUGAUGCCAUUAUAGACUCAGAAGCACUCCAGCGGCCCUUCCUUCUGAAACUACUCAUCUCUUCACUUGCUGCUUCAGGUUUUCAUCCUUCUCAAUAACCUGGGUAUGUCAGCAGGGAAGCUUCCUACCAAGAGCACCUCUCGUCGAGGCAGAUGACUGUGCCCAGGAUCUUCAGGCUAUUUUUGUGCUUAGGUUACUGGUUUUCUUUAUUGCAUUAUUGGCCAUGAUAAUGAGUGGCGGGGGUUCUUGAUCACCUGUCCAAUUUCAGCAUUUGAUUAAGCCAAUUGUCAUCUAAUUUCUCUAUUAAAAAUGUAUCUGGACAGCAUCUUUGCCUUGCCCAUCAAAAAAAUCCUCCCAAGAAUGUGGCAAGAUGUAUCCUAAAGUUUUGUGACUAUACUUUAAGCUGCUGUUUCAGCUCUGAAAGGGCCUGUGGUUCCAAGCCAAUACUGGGGAGAGGGAGCUUGAACCACUUAGCAUGAGAGUUUAGGGGAAUGUGAGCUCCAUAAGCAGGAAAAAAAAAUCAGCUUCUAUAAUAAGCCAAGUUCCAUAUUUACAACACUUCUUAAAGGGUCUUUCACCCUGUUCAGGAAAGGAUUUAGAUUAGAACUAUCUUGUUUAGAAUUUCUUACUGAAGUUUAUAACCAGAGGUGUCUUGAGUAUCAGUGACUAUCAGCUUCAGACAUAAUGAAGGCACACCAUUUUGGGAUUGCCUUUUGUACAUUUGCAGUAGAUUGUAGUGGAUAGAAAACUAGGAAUCCUAGUUCUGCCGCGAUGACCUUGGGCAAGUCAUUUAACCUCUGUCAGCCUCAGUUUCCUCAUCUGUAAAAUGAGAGAGUUGGACUGGUUGAUCCCUGAGGGCCUGUCCAACUCUAAAAUUAUAUGGUGAUUAUAUUUGGCUAGUUUUUGAGAGAACAGAAUUCCAGAUGACUUCCUGUUCUUUGAAUUCUUGCCCAAAUCAAACAAGUAGCCUUGAUAUGAUCAUUUGCCUUUCUUUUGUUUCCUCAUUACUUGUGUAAAGGAUUUUCUUUAGCACUGAAUCAUGUGGUGGGUUUUUUUGUUUGUUUGUUUGUUUGUUUGUUUGUUUGUUUUAACCCAGGUCUGCUUAACACUGGCUUGGCAAUUCAAAAGUAGAAUUUAAGUUUAGACAUUUAAAAAGCUGUCUUUUUUGGAACCGAAUUUUUAUUGAAUCUCCUUUACUUAUAUACUAUCAGAUAGACUUUUCCAGAGUCUGAAGUCAAAAAAUAUCAGUUGGGAUUUGAGGUUUUAUCCUUUUCCUGAUCUGUUGGCCCCUCUGUAUCUAAAACCUCCAGUGGUUUCUAUAAUAUGAAGUUGCUAAAAACCAGCAGUUGCUAUAUGGUAUUGUACAGCAUUUAUAAAGAUACUACUUUUCAGUCUUUUACCUUCUUUAACUUCUUUGACUCCAGCAAUAAGUGGAGGCUAAUUUGGAAAGCUCAGCUGGGGAGAACUACUCAGGCACUUUGAAGGCAUUAUUUUUAUGUCCAUUGACAGAAGGAUAUGUGUAUUGCCCCAAGUGACCAUGAUGAUAAUGACUUAUUUCUACCCUGAAGGAAUUCUGUAUGACAAUCAUUAGAUCACCACCUUAUUAGAAUGAACAACAGACAAUAUUGAAAAAUAUUGGAACUUCUUUGGUCUCAGUUUUGCUUUCUGAUUAUUUCCUUGUUCAAUUUAUUGUAAUAUUUUCCAAGUUGUAUUCUUUGCCUUUCCUGGGACACUCUUUUAGCACCAAUUAGCACUUUAUUAUAUUAGCCUUGAUUUGGCAAUUAGCCACUUUCAUCCCCCCCAUCCCCAACCCCCUACCCACUCACAACUGAAAUCUAGAACAUUCUUAGACAGACUUCCUGGCACUGCCAUCACUUCUCUAAACUUAGAUUAGUUAAACCAAGCAAUAAUUGUAUAACCAUUGAAUUACUGUAUCAAAAAUGGUAAACUCCUUUUGUUUGCCUUUGGCCAUCUUUUCUGGCCUAUUCUAAUAACUGGCACAUGUGCAUAUGCUGCUACAUUCAGUAGGAAAAAGGAUCAGAUCACCAUUGUCUCAUACAGAAAAGACUGAAGGUAUGGGAAAGAUCCAGCCAAGUGGGAAACUGUCUUUUUCCCCUGUGAAGACUGUUUCCUGGUGACUGGUUAGCAGGAUCAUUCUCUGUUUGCUUUUGUUGGGAAAGAGUCACAUCUGUCUUUCAGCCUUUGUGACUGCAAAAGCAGAAUUUAACAUGCAGCAUCCCGUGGACAACGUCGCAGCUAAAAUCUUUUGUGCAAUGUGACCGACAUGGCAUUUACAUUCCAUUUUGGCCCACGUGGAAUUGACUGAAACCCUUUGUAUGUGUUCCAGUCUCUUCAGCAUAGAAAUGAGGGUGUGGAUGUGGCUUUUUGUCUUACAAGGAAAUCCUUGUUCUUGUUCGCUUCUCGGAUGAAUAUGGGUAGCAUUGAAUUUAGAGAAAUGCCAGCUUCCCAAUAAGCCAUGGGUGCAUUUGGAGAUUUUCUUUUCCCUUCCUCCAGGCUUCCUAUUUCAUUCCUCCCAGCCACACUGACAGCCAGUAGCCAUUACUAAGAAGUAGAGGUUUUUUCCUUUGCUCUCUGUCUGCAUUUGAUUGGUUGAAUCCACAUGAAAUGACCUGUGUCUAGGAAAGAAAACAUUUUUGGCCAUUUCCUAAACCUAUCUGUUUUAAGAUAUUCUUAAUAUAAAGUAGCAAGGAAAACCUGGGCUACUUUUCAAACCCUACUCUACCUCCCCCUUAACCAGAAAUAAAACUGUACCAAUUAGGGCUAACAUGAACUUGGAUUUCCAAAUGGUGUUGGAAGUGGUAUGUCUAGUUUUAUAUCAGAUUCUGCUGUACCAACACCGGAGCAGUGGUAAUAUGUUAAACCAAAGUGUAAUGAAUGUUCCUAUUUCUUCCUGCUGUAUUCUUUCCACCUCAGAAAGCAGAAGUAAGCCACAGUCCAGUAACUCAUCCAGACUGGCUUAGUAUUUGGUACAGUAUAGGGAGGAACAGUUGCCACUUGAAAAGUAAUGUCAAGUCCCCUUGACGCAUUUAUGUUUAAGGAUGCUUUUAACAGGUUUGGAAAACAAGCCUUUGUCUCUCCGAGGGAGGCUCCUAUCACCAUAGGAUAGAGGCCAAAGAGAUUUUUUUCCUUCAUUUGUUCCAGGUCUUUUGUUUAAUGCCCUUGGAGUCAUCCUUCAUCUUUUAAUGUGUAGAGGUUGUAUUACCACAUCCUUCCGAUAUGGAAGCUCAUCUGAAUUAGGGAUUCUGCAUUCUUGAAUCUCUUUAGCAAGGCCUUGACUUAGUUACCUACAUCUAGUUGCCGAUCAUUGGUGGUCAGCACAGAUUCAUUCCUCUAACCUAGAUCUGUUUACAGACCCUCUAGGCAGAGCCUGACCACUCCUACCUUAUUGAGAUUCCUUGCAUAUGGAAUACAGCUGUGUCAAAGCUUAGCUUACUAAGAUUUAGGGAAGGAGAUAUUGUAUUUAAAAAACUGUUAUUAGGGAAGACCGUUGGCACUGGCUAGAGCACUAUCUCAUACCUUCAGGACCUUCUGUAGUGUGACCAUUGUUACCUUAAACCCUUUCUCAGUUCUAAAGUGUUUGUAAUCUUGGCCCAUGUUUCAUGGGGACCAGUUGAAUAAUACCAUCAUUCAGCACGUGAGCCAAGCAGGGCAAUGAGACUCUUCCUAAGGUAGAAAAUUCCACAUGCUCAGCCUUUUCUUUUCCAAAACUAGCUCUGAAGUUCUGUAAUUCAGUUAUUAAAGCAAUUUGUAGCCUUCAGCGUAAGUAGGCAUAACUCUUUAUAUAGCUAAGCUCACCAUGCCAUGCAUUCAAAUUACAGAUCUCUUUAUAACAUGACUUAAGAUCUGUGAGCUCCAGGGGCACAAUGGAACUUUUGUUCCUGUUUAUGCUUUAUAAGUGAGCAGAUGUGUGGGAUUUGAGCUGUUUUUCUUCUUCUAUACAACACUGAUUCUGACUUAGGCCUGAAGUAAAGAUUGUUGAACUAUCAUGCUAGUUUAAAAGAUAUUACUGGUCUUCAUCCUUCAGGAAGUACAGAAGGGCCAUUUAGUACUAUAUCAUUGCAGCGUCCUGUCAAGUAUACUUGGGAAUGUCUUCCUUCACACCCAGAGCCUGCAGGAAAUCCUCUGAUAUCUAUCAUAAUAUUGUAGUGUCUUUCUGCUGUGAGAGAUUGAACUAAAACCAUCAUAAGGCAGAAAACAUAGUCCUCACUCUCGUUAUAGCUAGUCCGACUCCUAAAAUCCAGCCAAAACUCACUAAGCACGUAGACCUACAGAACUCUUUCUACCUAGGCUACUGCCUAAAGCUUUUUGGAUCAAAUAAAUGAUUCACAGGUACUGAGUUUGGGUUUGCCCCAACUAUAAACUAUAAAGAUUUGGCUGCCUCUAACCUUGGGAGAAUAAACAGCUAAGGAAGUGUCCUUCUUCCUUGUCACUAAAGCAAAAGAAAAAAAAAAACUCUCCGUGCCUCUCUGAGAUGAGGAUCACUGUUGCCAAAUCAUUCAGGA